UGGCAAGUUUGAGUUAGGUGUGCUAGAAAAAAAAGUAAAAAUCGUUCUUUCAUGAAGUUGCGUCACCCACAUGUUCUGUUUGAAGUGAAAUAAAGUCGGAAAAUAAAUUAAAUAGUUGAUAAUAUCGUUGCAAAAAUGUUGACCGCUACGCGGGCGAUCGGCCGUAAGGCUCUGGAGUGCUCCGGUUUAAGUUCCGACAUAUACACACAGAGGAAUUUCUCGACAAUCCUCAAAAACACUGCUGCUCCUACAGUACCUAUUUACCAGCGACAUGGAGUCCAACACAGAAACAAGUCGGAGGGCGUUCGUGGCGCUGUCAUCGGUAUCGAUUUGGGCACCACCAACUCAUGCGUCGCCGUCAUGGAGGGCAAGACGCCCAAGGUGGUCGAAAACACCGAAGGCUCCCGCACCACCCCCUCCCACGUGGCAUUCAGCAAGGAGGGCGAGCGUCUCGUCGGCAUGCCGGCCAAGCGCCAGGCCGUCACCAACAGCGGCAACACCUUCUACGCGACCAAGAGGCUGAUCGGCAGGCGGUUCGAUGACCCUGAAGUCCAGAAGGACAUGAAGAACCUUUCUUACAAGGUUGUCAGAGCGUCCAACGGUGAUGCCUGGGUUCAAGGUAGCGACGGCAAGGUGUACUCGCCGUCCCAAAUCGGCGCCUUCGUUCUCAUGAAGAUGAAGGAGACAGCUGAGGCGUACCUCAACACGUCAGUGAAGAACGCCGUCAUCACCGUGCCCGCCUACUUCAACGACUCGCAGAGGCAGGCCACUAAGGAUGCUGGUCAAAUCUCCGGAUUAAACGUGCUGCGUGUGAUCAACGAGCCAACAGCGGCCGCCCUCGCCUACGGCAUGGACAAGACUGACGAUAAAAUCAUUGCCGUAUACGACUUGGGUGGCGGUACCUUCGAUAUCUCGGUCCUCGAGAUCCAGAAGGGCGUGUUCGAGGUUAAGAGUACCAACGGAGACACACUCCUCGGAGGAGAGGACUUUGACAACGUCAUCGUCAACUUCUUGGUCGACGAAUUCAAACGUGACCAAGGCAUCGACAUUCGUAAAGACGCGAUGGCAAUGCAACGGUUGAAGGAAGCCGCCGAGAAGGCCAAGAUCGAGCUGUCUGGCUCCCUGCAGACUGACAUCAACUUGCCAUACCUCACCAUGGACGCUUCUGGACCUAAGCACAUGAACCUUAAGAUGAGCCGUUCGAAGCUGGAGUCUCUGGUGGGCGACCUGAUCAAGCGCACCGUGUCGCCGUGCCAGCGCGCGCUGCAGGACGCGGAGGUGCAGCGGGCAGACAUCGGGGAGGUGCUGCUCGUCGGGGGCAUGACCAGGAUGCCCAAGGUCCAGACGACAGUGCAGGAGAUCUUCGGCCGCGCGCCGUCCCGCGCCGUGAACCCGGACGAGGCGGUGGCGGUGGGCGCGGCCGUGCAGGGCGGCGUGCUGGCGGGCGACGUCACCGACAUCCUGCUGCUCGACGUCACGCCGCUCUCGCUCGGCAUCGAGACGCUCGGCGGCGUCUUCACCAAGCUCAUCACCAGGAACACCACCAUACCCACUAAGAAGAGCCAGGUCUUCUCUACUGCUGCGGACGGCCAGACCCAAGUCGAGAUUAAGGUCCACCAAGGCGAGCGCGAGAUGGCGGCCGACAACAAGCUGCUGGGGCAGUUCUCGCUGGUGGGCAUCCCGCCCGCGCCGCGCGGAGUGCCGCAGAUCGAGGUCACCUUCGACAUCGACGCCAACGGCAUCGUGCACGUGUCCGCAAGGGACAAGGGCACUGGCAAGGAGCAACAGAUCGUGAUCCAAUCAUCCGGCGGCCUAUCCAAAGACGAGAUCGAGAACAUGGUGAAGGCGGCCGAGCAGUUCGCGGCCACGGACAAGCAGCGGCGCGAGCGCGUCGAGGUCUCCAACCAGGCUGAGGGAGUGCUGCACGACACCGAGACCAAGAUGGACGAGUACAAGAGCCAGCUGCCACAGGACGAGUGCGACAAACUCCGCGAAGAGAUCGGCAAACUGCGCGAGCUCCUCGCCAAGAAGGAGUCCGCCGACCCCGAGGAGAUCCGCACCGCCACCGGCACCCUGCAGCAGGCCAGCCUCAAGCUCUUCGAACAGGCUUACAAGAAGAUGGCAGCGGAACGUGAAGGACAACAGCAGUCGCAAUCCAACGAACAGAAUCAGGAAAAGAAAGAAGAGAAGAACUAAGGAGUUUACUUCUAGAAGGAGAACUACGUUAACUUCUGUUCUGUUCUGUAAGAGUCACAGAACAAACUGGGUCGAUACACAGAACGCGGAACUAAAUUUUCGUUUAAACUCGAGUUGAUAUUGUGGCAAGUUUUUUUUACCAUCCAUUAUUUUUUGAGAGCGGUUUAAGUGGUACUUAAGCGGAACUCAAGUUUGAGUGCAUGUUAAAAGGUGGUCUGAGUAUGAGUUGUGUGUUUGGAUAUGGGUUUUUAUUCGCAUGAAAGUGUUUUUAAUAUGUUUUGAUGUCAGUGCGUUUGAAAUCCUUUCAAGUCUCAAUUUGCCCCUGAGAUAGAAUUAAGAGCGUCUCAAAUUUGAGUUUUGUUUAAUGUUCAUAUGUAAUGCUUAGUUUUCAACUGUGUAUCAGAAAAUGUUGACUACAUAAGAGUGUCGCAUUUGUUGAAGCGAAACACAACUACACAGUAUAAAGCGCUGUUUCCCUUCCACACUGGCUUAAGUAUUAAUUCAUGAGCUCGUAGUACAGGCAAAUAUUUAAGUCGCCGUUAAGUCUUUAUAAGACAUAGGACCGUCUUAAACUUAGCCUGUUGUGGAAGAGAUACACCACUUUAAUAUAUUUAGUGGCUACGUCGUAUUCACAAACACUUAGUGACGUUCUCAUUAGCCUAUUUGUCUCGAAAAUUCACGUUCCAGUGACAGAGACAGUGACAUAGUACUUAACUAAGUGACAUUUGUGAAUAUAACCGUUGGUGUGUCUGGUAGGCCCCCUGUACAGUAGUGUCAGUGGUUGUAAACAUUUUUGACUGUCGAUAUGUGGAUUUGUGACAAGCAUUUAUUAUUUUAGUGUUAGCCAUCACAACAGACGCGUCGAUCUAGGUUACAUGUUGUAGGAGCCGUUGUUAUUACAUAAUAAAGUUGGUUUAUUAUAAAAUGUCUUUUUAUUGUACAUAAUAGACAUAAAUACUUUAAAAAUUGCUUCCGUAGCGAUAUGAGCAACUUUCUAAAAUAAAUCUAUAGUUUAUCUAUAUACUUACCAAUUUGGUAGAAUGUGCAGGGAUUUUUGAAGUUAUUAUGACCACCUUAUCUUAAAUACCUGCUUUCUAAACUAAUAUAAACUCUAUUCCGAAAAAUGUUGGUCGCCCCUUGAAAAUUUGGAUCAACUAAUGAGAAUCUUUUAUUGAUUUUUUUUUAAAUAUUCGUUAUCAUGUCCAGAAGUUGUUUUUAAAGUAUUAACAGCGGUGUGUUUUAGGAACUAUUCACACUUAUUUACUUCUAUGCAGCUAAUUUCCUUAGAAAACGAUGAUUUUGAAUUGAUAUGCGUACAUAUGUGGAAACUGAACGGAUGAGAACGUAUUCUCAAUACAAAAUCAUUGUUUCUCAUGUAUAUACUUGCAUAGGACUCGAAGUGUAAGUAAUUCCUAGAAAAAUAGAAAAAUGAGGUUUUAUUUUCGACAGUCAAAUACGAGAAGAUUAAUUUAUACCGCAGUAAUAAACAGCAAAGAUAAGGUAAAAUGUUUCUUUUAAAACUUUCUGUAGUAUAAAAAACUUGACAAAAUCAACUCCAGUAGUAUUAUAUAUACAAUUUAUUUACUAUGUUUUGAUAUCGUAAUGUUUUUCAUUAUAUUUCUCUCGAAAUGUAGAAUUUUAGUGUACCAUUGAACACAGCAUGAUGGCUUAAUUUGGCAGCAUUUAAUAAAAAAAUCCAUGUAAAAAGGUUUUAGUUUUCCGCUAGCAAGAUGGCGUCUUAAUGGCAAUUUGACAGCUGUCAUUUAAGAGAGCUUUGAAAUGUUUUUUUGUUUUUUAAAAGCUUUGCACUAUACUUGCUAUAUCACAAUAUUUUAGUCCAAAUUAGGCCCUUGUGUUAGAAUAUGAGUAUUUUAAAAUAUAUUAUUUUAUUAUACUGAUACGUGAAUUAGUUUCAUUUGUGUGUAAUUUACAAGCUUUAGUUUGUAUUUUAAUUAUUCUUUAAUAGAUUUCAUCACAUUAAAAGUUAUUUUUUUUAAGGUUUCUUGAGGACUAAAUGAAUGGUCAACAAAAUUAGUCUUUAAAGCUAAAUAAAUAAAACUAUUACUAAUGUGUUGUGAAAGUGUGACAAUAUUACACAUCUCUCAUUCACACCACAAUAAUAUUACAUUAAAAACUGUUUCAUCGUCUCUGGUGGAAACACUACCUAUAUUGUUCUGCUGAAACGAGACGCCGAUACUUAUGUAUAAGGCUCUCUCGCUUUUGCAGGCAUCUUGGUAAACUUAGUGCAAUAGCUCUGAUCUAUUUACGAAUUGUAUUGAACUAUCGCUUGUAAAUUAUCAUUAUUCCAAUUAGCCGCCAUUUUAUUAGGUAUUAGAUGUAAUAUUAAAUUGUUAUUUAGUGUAAAGGGCUGGUGUUUCCUUGUAGAUAUAAGUUCAGACCUGCAGCCUAUAUUUUUAUUAAAUUAUAAUUUAUGGAGCUCAA